CGGCGGCGGCGGCGGCUCGUGGUCGCGCUCUUUCCGCGGGGCUCCCGCAGGGGGAUGGUGUCGGUAGCCCGGCAGCCCUCGGCGGGCCGCGGGGCGGGUCCGUAGCUGGUGCGGGGUGGUGCCCUCUGCCGCGAUCGGGAGCCGGAGGCGGCGGGCGCCGGGCGCCGCGCCAAGCGCCCGCGCGCCCCUCUUCCUCUCGCUCUCCAUGGACGGGGGAGCGGGGGGCGGCCCGGGGGCGCCCGGCGCCGAGAGCCCCAACCGGGCCGUGGAGUACCUGCUGGAGCUCAACAACAUCAUCGAGAACCAGCAGAAGCUGCUGGAGACGCAGCGGCGCCGGAUCGAGGAGCUGGAGGGCCAGCUGGAGCAGCUGAGCCAGGAGAACCGGGACCUGCGCGACGGCGAGAGGGACCGGGAGCGGCACCGCGACCGCGACGGGCCGUACCACCCCAAGGAGAGAGAGAGCCACUACCAGAACCGCGCCGACCGCGAGAGCCAGUACCAAAGCCGAGCGGAGCGGGAAGGGCAGAACCCCUAUCCGAACCGGGACAAGGAGCGCGAGCUACAGCACUAUGGAAACCGGGAGGGCGGGCAGUACCCGAACCGGGAGAGCCACUACCGGGAAGCCUGCCAGCUGCAUCGAGAGCGGCCCCCGCAGUGCCACCCCGCGCGCGAGAAGGAGCACGAGUACCCCCGGGCCCCCCGGGAGAGGGGGCAGCUGAGCCGGGGGGCGUCGCGGAGCUCCAGCCCGGGAGCCGGAGGGGGCCACAGCACCAGCGCCAGCACCAGCCCGGCCACCACGCUGCAGAGAAAGUCGGAUGGGGAAAAUUCAAGAACUGUCAGCGUGGAAGGAGACCCGCCUGGAAGUGAGGCAGGCACUAUUAUAGUGGACAGCCUGGGCAGUCAGCCUCCAUAUCGUUGUACCCCUGAGGUGACCAAGAUUGAGCACUACGAUUUGGCACCCUCUUCAUCGUCCUCCUCUGUCUGUCACACUCCAUCACCAGGCAUUCCGUGGGCUCAGCGUGCUCGGCUGCAGCCAGCCAGUGUGGCGCUGAGAAAGCAGGAAGAGGAAGACAGCAAGCGUUCCAAGGCACUGUCAGACAGCUAUGAGCUCUCGACAGACCUCCAGGACAAAAAGGUGGAGAUGCUGGAGCGGAAGUAUGGGGGCUAUUUCCUGAGCCGGCGAGCAGCUCGCACCAUCCAAACAGCCUUUCGCCAGUAUCGCAUGAACAAGAAGUUUGAGCGUCUGCGAAGCUCGGCGUCUGAGAGCCGCAUGUCCCGGCGCAUUAUCCUCUCCAACAUGCGAAUGCAGUACUCCUUUGAGGAGUUCGACAAGGCCCAGAGUGCCCCUUACUUUGAAGGCAAGCCAGCCUCACUGGAUGAGGGGACCAUGGCUGGUGCUCGACCUCAUCUGCUGGACCGUGGCCUACCCUAUGGUGGCUCCUGCCGAGCUGGCUUGGAUGGCAGCUCCCUGCAUUCCUCUUCUGGAGGCUUUUGCAAUGACAUCACUGAGCUAGAGGACUCCUUCUCCAAGCAGGUGAAGUCUUUGGCAGAGUCGAUUGACGAAGCCUUGAACUGCCACCCACUGGGACAGGAGGGAGGGGCUGGCGGACCUUCCUUGGAAAAGAGUGAGUCCAAGGAGCAGCAGGGGGACAGUGCUGCCACUUCGUUCAGUGAUGUAACGCUGUACCUGGAUGAAGGAGCUCCCACGUCGCCCAUCUCUCUGGAGCGCCCACCCAGCACUGACCCACCUGAGCCCACCACCGUGCCAAUCCCACCACCACCACGGCCAGAGUACUGGGGUGGGCCACAGCGAGAGGACAGCCGCGAGAACGGUGGCAGCCGACGCAGCACGCCUUGUAUGGAAUGCAGGGACUAUCGACUACGCGGGGCCCAUCUCCCGUUGCUCACCAUCGAGCCUCCCAGCGACAGCUCAGUGGAUCUAAGCGACCGCUCCGAUCGAGGUUCUCUCAAUAGGGGUCUCAUAUUUGAGCAAGAUGGUUGCAGUCCCCAUGGCACCCUCAAGCACGCUGGCGGACCCACCCGUUCCCCACACCCACACCGGCAUUAUCACCCGGAACAAAACCAGCCACCCCCUCCUCUGCCAAUACCGCCCCCUCAAGUCCCGGGGCGCCUGCCCCCACCUCCACCGCCGGACAACUCUGAUGGGGACAACGACAGCCUCAACAGCACCACCAACUCCAAUGAGACCAUCAACUGCAGCUCGGGCUCCUCCUCCCGCGACAGCCUGCGCGACCCUCCCCCGCCAGCCCCAGCUGCCUCCUCGGCUCCCGGGGGGCCCUGCAAACAGACCUACCAGCGGGAGACGCGGCACAGCUGGGACUCUCCUGCCUUCAACAACGAUGUUGUGCAGCGUCGCCAAUACCGCAUCGGCCUCAAUCUCUUCAACAAGAAACCAGAGAAGGGAAUCCAGUAUUUGAUUGAGAGAGGCUUCCUGUCAGACACACCGGUUGGUGUGGCGCGCUUUAUCCUGGAGCGGAAAGGGCUGAGCCGGCAGAUGAUUGGUGAAUUUCUUGGCAACCGGCAAAAGCAGUUCAACCGGGACGUACUGGAUUGUGUGGUAGACGAGAUGGACUUCUCCAACAUGGACUUGGACGAUGCUUUGCGAAAGUUCCAGUCUCACAUUCGGGUGCAAGGCGAGGCACAGAAAGUGGAGCGCCUCGUUGAGGCCUUCAGCCAGCGCUACUGUGUGUGCAAUGCCCCCUUGGUGCGCCAGUUCCGGAAUCCAGACACUAUCUUCAUCUUGGCUUUUGCCAUCAUCCUCCUUAAUACCGACAUGUACAGCCCCAGUGUCAAGGCGGAGAGGAAGAUGAAGCUGGAUGACUUCAUCAAAAAUUUGCGAGGGGUAGAUAACGGCGAGGACAUUCCCCGUGACCUGCUGGUAGGGAUUUACCAGAGAAUUCAGAGUCGGGAGCUGCGCACCAAUGAUGACCACGUAUCUCAGGUCCAAGCAGUGGAGCGAAUGAUUGUGGGCAAAAAGCCGGUUCUCUCUUUGCCCCACAGGCGCCUGGUUUGCUGCUGCCAGCUGUAUGAGGUCCCUGACCCCAACCGGCCACAGAGGCUUGGGCUGCACCAGAGGGAGGUCUUCCUGUUCAACGAUUUGUUAGUGGUGACAAAGAUAUUCCAGAAGAAGAAGAUCCUUGUGACCUACAGUUUCCGCCAGAGCUUCCCUCUUGUUGAGAUGCAGUUGCAGCUCUUCCAGAAUUCAUAUUACCAGUUCGGGAUUAAACUGCUCUCAGCUGUUCCUGGUGGGGAGAGAAAAGUCCUGAUCAUCUUCAAUGCCCCCAGCCUGCAGGAUCGGUUGCGCUUCACCAGUGACUUGCGGGAAUCCAUUGCUGAAGUGCAAGAGAUGGAGAAGUACCGUGUGGAAUCGGAGCUAGAGAAGCAAAAAGGAGUGAUGCGCCCCAAUGCCUCCCCCUCAUCUGGGCCCAAGGAUGCAGUGAAUGGGACCCUGACUCGCAGUAGCCUGGAGGAUGCCUACACUGUGGGAGAAGGGCUGAAGCGGAGUGCCCUCAGCAGCUCCCUUCGGGACCUCUCUGACGCAGGCAAGCGGGGCCGCCGUAACAGCGUGGGAUCCUUGGACAGCACAAUUGAAGGGUCUAUUAUUAGCAGCCCACGCCCCCACCAGAGAGUGCCACCGCCUCCCCCUCCCGAGGAGUACAAGCCCCAGCCUCGGCCCCCCUCAAACUCCUCGUCUUUCCUGGGCUCCCUUUUCGGCAGCAAGCGUGGGAAGGGCCCCUUUCAGACGCCCCCUGGCCAGGCCUCCGCCUCCUCCUCCUCGGCCUCCUCCUCUCACCACCACCACCCUCACCACAGCCACCCCUCCCUCCCGGAUGGCAGCCAGUCCAAGCUGCAGGCUCUCCAUGCCCAGUACUGCCACGGCCCCUCGGCCCAGCCCCCGCCUCCCUACCCCCAGCAGCCCCCUCCUCCCCAGCAGCCGGCCCCACCCCCGCCCCCACUAGCCCUGCCCUCCAACCCCCUGCCUCCCCAGAUCCAGCGCUACCACCACUCCCAGCAGCCCCCGCUCUCCGCCCCACCACAGAAGCAGGCCGUCCCCGCUUUCCCCACCCCACAGCCUCACCACCACUACACCCUCGGCCGGCCCGUCCAGCAGAAACGCGCCCACCAGAUGGCUGCUGCUGCCGCUGCCUCCCAGCACCCCCCUUUCCUCCAUGGGCGCCAGCCCACCUCGCCGCUGCCCCUUUACAGCCCUGCCCCCCAGCAUGCCCUGGCCCACACUUACCCCCAGCAGCUGCAUCAGUCGGGGGUCAGUGGGCAGCACACCCUGCAUAGGCCCCAGGCCCCAAAGCACUUUAUCUUCAGCCACCACCCUGCCCAGCUCAUGCAGCGGCCGCCUCCGCCCCCCAGCAUGGGGCCCUACCCUGGACACCACGGCCACCCUGCGCACCCGGCUCAGCAGCACCACGGCCAGCCUCCCAUGCCCCCUCCCCAUUCCCCCAUCCCCCCACACCCUUCCUACCCACCCCUCCCGCCUCCGUCCCCUCACACGCCCCUCAGUCCCCACUCUCCAGCUGCCCCUACCUCCCCCCUGCCCCAGCACAUCUCCAUGCACCAGGGGGGCCCUCAAGCCAUGCCCUCCCAAGGGCCCCCCAACCCGAAACAGAAGCCGGUGAACAGAAUCAGCACCGUCGUGUGAGGAACACCGCCACCACGGAGUUGAUAGGUUAUAAAUAUAUAAAUAUCGGAGCUCGGGGCUUCUCCCAUCACAGCUGUGAGGUGGUCAGGAGGGGUGGGGGCCAGUGGGUGUCUAGACCUUUUUGGCCAUUCCCCUUCUUCCUCCCCACUCCAUACCCCCUCCCUCUUUUUCCUAGGAUCAGAACUGAGAGAGGGCAUCCUUCCAACCAAUGCCUCGGAAAGGAAGAAAUUGGGAUCUGCAACCCCACUUGUGGCCUGAGGGUGGCGCCACUUAGCACUUGGGCUUCUCUGUUCCCUUCGUGUCACCCCUCCCCCUUUCUGGUCAGAAAAUGGGGUGUCUGAGGACUAUGCGGCAACUUUUCAGAGACGUUGAAAACAUGAGGUGCGAGAGGGGAAAACUCUUCUGCAUUUGUGCAGCCAUUGUGAUCUGUUGCCACGCAGAGUGUUUCCCCUUGGACUCUUCCCUAAAUGUGCUACAGAUGGAGAUGGUAUGGUGUAUGUAUACCUCAUUCAUGCAAACAGCAUGCGAAGCAGUAAAACUGUUUCUGGGUGGUCUAAAAAACCAGGUGCCAGGGCGGAUUCCAGCCUCUCUUCCCUGAUACGCUAGCUGUGUGUGCGGGGGGGGGGGGGGGAUUUGACAGUGCAGUUUCCCCUUGCAGUUCAAAGUGGAACAGUCCAGGAACAGUUUAAUUGCACCAUCUGUUGUUUUUGUGCAAAGCAAGUCAGACAUGCUAGUGCCAGGGACAACUUGUGCAGUGUGGCAGUUUUGAAGGCAUAAGAAUAAGCUGUAGAGUGGAACUUGCACUUUUGCACGAUCCCACUCUCUCGAAUGACUGAUACUUCUUUUGCUCCUGGCGUUGGACUGUGCACCAGCAUUUGCCCACCUGCACCAAGUCUCCGUGAAAUGUUAGCCAAGUAGCAGGCAGUCCCCCAUGGCUGCCUUCCGUGUGUCUUGUUUACAUAGCAGGUGGCCAUUUAUCAGACCUGCCCGAAGAGCAUUGCUUUCAGCUCAGAAGGAAGACCGAAGGAGAGCCUCUUGCUCCCCACUCCCCGCCUAACUUAAAAUAUCUGUCUGCUCCAGUUUUUAAUAGCAGCUGUGAAUGAGCAGCAAAUUAAAGGUGGGUAUGUUCCAGAGCAGGGUUUCCCAAACUUGGGUCUCCAGGUGUUGUUGGACCACAACUUCCAUCAUUCCUAGCUAGCAGGCCCAGAAAAUAGGGAUGAUGGGAGUUGUAGUCCAAUAAUGGCUGGUGACCCAAGUUUGGGAAACCCUGUUCUAGUCCAACAGUUCUGUUUGCAGCCAAUUCCCCACUUGGAAUUUGAUGCCACAAAAGACUAAGCAAGCUUUGCUACUGUAUUGAACUCUCGAUUGAGUGUUUAAAGGAACUGGCUGAGGCCCAGUUCACACAACCUAGGAACUGCUUCUCUGCCACUUCUUUCAGGCUGCCCUGAUAAGCAUUGUGAUGAUGAGUCUGCUGGAGAAGCUGCUACUGCCCUACUCCCAGCCACCGUUAGGUGGGCCAUACACACGCAGCCAGGCCAAUGGUUCUUCUACCCCAACAGCAGUUCUGAAAGCUGUCUCUAGCAUGACUUACUUUUUAAAAAGCAAUGUUCAGUCCAUCUAAAGCACUAUUUCCAUUAGUUUCUCAGGGCUCAGCCCUGAACAUCCCCAGUCAAUUGAAGAUGGGAAUGUAGUAACUCUCAGCUAUACAAAGAGGGGCAAAAAUAGUUACCAGCCUCUCUUUUUUUGAGCUGUGUGGGCUCCUGGGCUUGACUUAAGCAUGUAGUAGUUGCAUGGAAGAGAAGCCCUGCUCUAUGCCAACAGGGUCUGGCACUUUUUUCUUUUUUUGCAGGUGGGAGCAAUGCCUCCCUUGCCCAGGUGUUCCUGUUUGUACCAAGCGCAGGAGUGGGGGGCGGAGAGAAGAGUCAGCAAGGCAGGGCAGCUGCAGGCAGAUCCCUUGCUUCCCAUUGCAAGCGCCUCGUUGCGCUCUGUGGCCCAGUGUGUCCUGGCACGGGGCCUGCAGGUUGCUUCUCUCCCCUCCCCCUCCCCCAGCCUUUUAAUGUUUUGCUGCCUGGGUGAUUCCAGCAUGCUUUCUCCCCCCCCCCCCCCGCUUGGUGGCAUCUGUGGUGGUCGCCAGGGGUUUUAUCUUUCUGAAGGAUAGUUUUUCAUAGUUUUAUAAAAUAGCCUUUUCCACUUCUCUGCCUGUUGGCUUGUUCUGUAGGAGGGAAUGGAGACGGGGCCUUUGGUGCUCCUUGGCAUUUUGCAGAAAGGAGGCUCUCCUUUUUAGUUUGCACAGAGUUUAUGAGUUUCUGCUGUUUAAAAGGAAGGAAGGAAGGAAGGAAGGAAGGAAGGAAGGAAGGAAGGAAGGAAGGAAGGAAGGAAGGAAGAUACUAUGUAGAGCAGGGCAGAUCAUCAGUAUUUUGGGGGAACUUGGGAAGGAAUCUGUCUUGCCCUCUCAGUUCUUAUUCAUAAAGGGCUAUUCUUACUCCCUUCCCACCCCUAUCAAGGGGUUUGCACUGAAAACAUUUUAAAAGGGUGAGGGGUGUUAUAUAUUCUCUGGAUAUAUUCCCUCACUGAACUGCAUAGAGAGGAAUAUAGGAGUGGAGGGUGGGGUGUAAUUCUCUCCCCCCACCCAGUUUGUUCUUUUAUCCUAGAGUGUUUCUCUGCCUUACCAAUAGGGGAGAGACACUACCACCUGCCACACACACCGGUUCCUUGGGAGCUUAGAUGCACUUUAACCCCCUACUUCCUCAUUCCUUUGCCUCUAGAAAAAGGUGGGAUCCGGUUUUUCCUGUCCCAAACCAAGCUAAUGGAGCCCAUUCAUGCCUAACCUUUCCUCUCACUCUCCCUUCCCCAAAGACAUUACCUUGAGCCACUACCCUCCCCAGUCUAGUCCGUGUGGAGACAGGACUCCGGGCAAAGGGAUAUGGAGGUAGGCUCAAGGGUGCCAGAGGAUGAUUUCAAAACAUAAAAGUUACAGUGCCUCGUCUGUAUAUUUUUAAGGAGAUGCUAUGAAUGUUGGUGGAAGAAAUUAUUUUACAUUUUAAAGUGGUGCUUCUGAUAGUAGAAGCACACUAUUUUUCUAAAGAGAAAAGUGGAGGCCCAGCCAGAGUAGUGACGGGCAAUGGCUGACCCUCUCUGAAGGCAGGCUCUUCUUUCUGCAGUGUGUGAGCAGAAGGACCCGGCUUCAGAGGCAGCAAAAGCUGGAACCUUACAGGAACCAGAAUUAUUUAAUAAACCUAAUUGUUGCUGCACUCUACACGUGAGUUUCCUCAAGUCAUGCCAGUGGGUCACCUCAACCAGUUUUACGAAUAACUGCUCAACAAAAGCAGGCAGGAUUUCUGGCCUCUAGCUCUUUGGAGGAUGGGGAAAAAUAAUCAGAGGACCAGUUAAUGGAGGGUUUUAGGAGGCUCACUGACUCUCAGCCUCCAUUCCUCAGCUUCUCCAUCCUCCGCUAAUUGACUCCACAGCCUUGAAGGAACUCAGGAGUCCGGCCUGUACCGCGAGUAGGUGGUGGUGGUUUUCGCCCUGCUGUGGUUGCUCCCAGUUCCAUCCUGCGGGGUCUGGGCUCCCUUCUCCUUCCUUCCCUCCCUCCCCCCAUUCUCCAUAUCAGAUCUUCCCACCCUUUGCCCUCCCCCCAGCAUGCACUUUAUCCCUACCCUGCACUGCACUUCCUGUGUUGGGUUUGUUGCUGUACAGAGAUUCCUGUGUAUAUACUAUAUAUUAUAAAUAGCAACCUCUUAAGAGAGGAGGGGGUGGGUGGGCUCCAGCCCAUGUAUUUUCUGCAGCAUGGGCCACUCUCUGCCCUUUCUCCCAGAAUUCAUGGCUGGAAGACUCCAAACUGACUGCAUUUUUUUUCUUUUUGUUUCUUGCUGUCUCCCACCCCCUCACCUCUGGUCCACUUUGUACAUAAGAAACUGUAUAUUUGAUGCUUCAUAAAUUGACCAAAUGUCCUUGCUGUGUGAA